AUGACAAGUAGAAAUCAGACCUCAGUGACUGAGUUCUUUCUGUUGGGAUUUUCUAAACGUCCUGAGCUGCAGUUUUUAUUGUUUGUUUCAUUCUUCAUCAUUUACCUGAUGAUUCUGACGGGAAAUCUCCUUAUUAUCCUGAUCAUCACAGUAGAUCACACACUUCAAAGCCCCAUGUAUUUUUUCCUUCGAAGUUUGUCCUUCCUUGAAAUUUGUUUUGAUACAGUUACAGUCCCUAAAAUCCUGGCUGUUCUUUUGUCUGAAGAUAAGAGCAUUUCCUUUGCAGGCUGCUUUGUCCAAAUGCUUUUCUUUAUUACAUUUGGGAUUGGUGAAUGUUGUCUCCUGGCUGCAAUGGCUUAUGACCGUUACCUAGCUAUCUGUAAUCCCCUGUGCUAUCCAGUACUAAUGAACCAGCGUGUGUUAAUCCAAUUGAUAGGUGGUUCGUGGCUUCUGGGGCUGCUUCUGGCGAUUGUUCAAACCACCUGGAUAUUUAGUUUACCUUUCUGUGGGCCCAGUGGCAUCGAUUAUUUCUUCUGUGACACCCCUCCAGUGUUACAGCUGGUGUGUGCAGACACCUAUGUGCUUGAACUCUUUACCCUGAUGGGCACCAUUUUGCUGAAUGUUGUCCCGCUCCUUCUCAUUCUGCUCUCCUACAUAUACAUUAUCUCCACCAUCUUGAAGAUGCCAUCCACUGAGGGAAGAAAAAAGGCCUUUUCUACUUGCUCCUCCCACCUCAUUGUGGUCACUCUCUUCUAUGGUUCAGGCAUUCUGACCUACUUACAGCCCAAGGCUAGCUCCUCAGCAGAAAACAAGAAACUGCUGACCCUCUCGUACAUUCUCUUGACUCCUGUAUUGAACCCCCUGAUCUACAGCCUACGCAACAGUGAGGUGAAGAGGACCUUGAGAAGAACACUUUGCCGGAAAACACGUUCCUAG